GGUGCCGCUAGCUGUGCCUGAGUCUUUUCAAUUCGCUAAAUGAUUACCCUAUCUCUCUGAGCUUCGAACCUCAGCUUUAUUUUUAUCCAUAAUCUGCUAAUGCUCGGUUUAUCAGCAUUUUUGUAUGCUGGCCGUGCUACUUGUUUACUGUUCACAAAUAGUCGCAUUCCGCUAGCUGCUGCUGCUUCACCGAUUCAUUUCCGCCAAAUGUCAAAAGCUACAAAAAAAUUCAUUAACGAUCCCAAGAACGCAGUUGAUGAUGCUCUUGAUGGGCUUGUGAACGCUUCCGAGCAUGUUACGUUCGACAAGAACUGCCGCCGAGUUGUUCUGAGAGCUGAUUACGCCGAUUACUGCGCUAAAGGCAAGGUAGCCUUGAUUGCUGGUGGUGGUUCAGGACAUGAGCCUUAUGCUGCAGGCUAUACAGGCCCGGGCAUGCUUACCGCUGCUGUGGCUGGCAACGUUUUUGCUUCACCUCCAUCCCGCCAUGUUAGCGCUGCUCUGAACUCUACUUCAUCGAAAGGAGGCUCAAUACUCUUCAUUAUCAACUAUACCGGUGACAGGCUAAAUUUCGGAUUAGCCGCAGAACGCUAUAAAACGGGUGGACAUGACGUACGGGUCGUCACGAUAGCAGAUGAUGUAGCUAUCGAUAAAGCUAUGUCGACUGCCGGUAGAAGAGGUCUGGCGGCUGCUGUGCUUGUUUUGAAGGUGGCUGGUGCUAUGGCUGAGACGGGUAAAUAUAGUGCAGAGCAGAUUGAAGCUAUGUCUAACAAAAUGAACGACAACGCAGGCACCAUGGGAGUAUCACUCUACCCAUGCAGCGUACCUGGUCAGGGUAAAAUGUUUGAUUUGCCAGAAGAUAUGAUGGAGGUUGGACUUGGUAUUCAUGGAGAACCAGGAUGUCGUCGUGAAGCAAUAGGAAGCGCAGAUAAAGUUGUAAAUACAAUCAUGAAAAGGCUACAAGAGAUCGUAAAGUUUGGAAAAGAUGAGCCCAUAAUACUUCUCAUCAACAACCUAGGCGGUGUGUCUCAGAUCGAAAUGGGUAUCAUCAAAAGCGAAGUAGUGAAGUGGUGCCACCAAAAUGGAGUCAAUAUAGCGCGACUUUUGUGUGGCACUUAUAUGACCUCUUUGGACGGGCAUGGCAUCAGUCUCACCGUAAUGAAACUGUUUGAAAAAGAGAUUCUCGAUUUCUUGGAUGCUCCCACAUCGGCGCCAGGAUGGCAUGGAGCGGAUAACCUUAGCAAGCAAGAAACUGCACCUUCGCCUGACAAAGGUCAAUCUAUUCAGGUGCAAACUUCUUCCAAAGAAUUAGCAUUCACAAAAGAGCAAGCUGAGCUUGCCAAGAAAUGUGUACUUGCGGUAUGCGAUAAGAUGAAUGCUAUGGAAUCAGAGCUGAACGCUUUGGAUGGAGCUGCUGGUGACGGAGAUUGUGGAUCAACGUUUGCACAUGCUUCGAGAGAGAUCAAGAAGAGAAUGGAAACGCUUGAGCUGAGCAGCGCGCAACAGCUACUUUUUAACAUAUCCGAGGUAUUCGAGCAAGAAGUUGGAGGCACUGGUGGAGCGAUCUAUGCGCUGAUGCUUAGUGCCGCCUCAGAAGCUCUCGACAAAUCCAUCACUAGCAAAGAUUUUGCCACUGCUUUGCAAAAAGCUUCUGAAGCCGUGCAAAGAUAUGGUGGAGCUCGACCUGGAGACAGAACUUUGGUGGAUGCUCUACAUGCCGCCGUUGAAAGCACAAAGAGCGGAGAAACUCAGUGGGAUAAGAUCAUUGAGGCAGCUGAGAAAGCGGCUCAGUCCACAGCGAAUAUGACAGCCAGAGCUGGACGAGCGAGCUACACAGCAAAAGAGGUCCAAACAAAACCAGACGCUGGAGCGGUUGCAAUCUCUGCUUACAUGAAUACAAUAUGGGAUACGAUCAAGCAGAAUGCGCAAUGAGUCAUGCUGGUUCUGCACGACCUUCGAAACUGCUCAUGAGAGAAAAGCAGGAAUUAGAGAAAUAGGAUAAUAUGAGGAAUAUUAGAGAUAAAUUAUUUUUUGCAAGAAGGAAGUAACGAG